CUGAUAUCUUCCCUUUGAGACACUGAGCAUAUACAUCACAAGUACUGGGUCACGGUGAGCAACCGAACUUUAAAGUUGUGUGCGUUCAUGCAGAAAACUGAAGAAGCAGCAAGCAGGAGGAAUUACUCCAGGAGAAACUACUGACAAACUAUUGGAAAGAUGGAGUUUGAGGAAGAACCCUGCAGAAUGAGAGAUGAAGAUCCAGAGGAACAAACAGACUCCGAGAAAGUGAAUAAGGACAAGCAGCUUCAGUUUCAAAAACCUUAUGUCGCAAAUAAAGAUGGAAACGCUACCAUUUCACAGACUGAACAGAAUUUCACACCGGAAAAAAAAAACAGUAAAAACUGAAGUCAAAGGAUCUUUCACCUGCACCGAGUGUGGAAAGAAUUUCACUACUAAAGGAAACCUUAAAGUGCACAUAAAAACUCACACUGGAGGAAAAAAGUUCUCAUGCACUCUAUGCGGAAAGACUUUUGUACACCAAUCCAAACUCAAAAUACACAUGAGAAUUCACACUGGAGAGAGGCCGUAUACAUGCAUUCAGUGUGGAAACAGUUUCGUUGUUAAAGGUCACCUUAAUGAUCACAUGAGAAUUCACACUGGAGAAAAACCUUUUGCAUGUUCUCAAUGUGGGAAGAGUUUCCGGUGCAAAUACUUCCUCAAAAAUCAUCUUCUCUCUCACGCUGGAGUGAAAUCAUUCAGAUGUGAUCAGUGUGAUAAAACAUUUGUUGUGGAAUCAUGUUUAAGAAGACAUCUUAAAGUUCAUGCUGGUGUGAAACCUCACAUUUGCUCUUUUUGUGAAAAGGCUUUUUCACGACCAUGUGCUUUAAAAGAACAUGAAUGUAUUCAUACUUGUGUGAAACCUUAUAUGUGCAUUGACUGUGGAAAGACCUUUGCUACACUGAGCAUCUUAAAAACGCAUGAGAUAAUUCAUACUGGAGAAAGACCUUACGAGUGCUCACUGUGUGGAAAGAGUUUCACUCGCUCCGUAUACUUGAAAAAUCACGAGCAAGUUCAUACUGGAGAAAAGCCAUACCAGUGCUCUUCAUGUGGGAAGAGCUUCACCAAGGUGUGUAAUCUACAGCGGCAUCAGAAAAAACAUUGCACAAAAGGUAUCAAUGGAUAAUCUUUCCUCAAGUUUACAUGAAGUUAAGUGUUGUAUUCAACAUUGCUUAUUAGCUAAAAGCUCGUUCUUCUACCUAAAAACAGAAAAACAUCUGGUGCUGUUUUUAUUUAAAGUGAUUCUUCUCAUAAUAUGGAGAUCCACAAAUACACACUGAGAAAAGAUUACAUUGCUCAGGAAAAGUGAAUGUGAUCUGUGCGAUUCAGCAGUCAACUAGGCUUACAUCUUAUAGUUAAAAUAUGUAAAAGAUUUCAGAUCACACAUUGUAUGGUUGGUUAUACCUUAUAUUUUGAAGCACAGUUUGGUAAAAAUGUAAUAAACAAUUGAAUUGU